GAGAUGGCAAAGAUUGCGACAGCCGAGGCAGCAAUCUCCACUCGAACAAAAACCACUGACACCCAUCACCGUAGUCAUAUAAACUCUCCAGAUAUGAUGCGUUCACAGAUUGGUUACCGUUUACUGUCAACGUCCUCGUUCAAGACCAUGGUUUUGUCGGACAGUAGCGAUGACGAGUCAAAGCUGGGAUAUCGCCACGUGAGACCAAAGACUCGAACAUUUUCCAAAAAAAGCGAAGGAGCUCCGAAAUCUCGACCCAAGUCGACGUCGGAUGUAAAAUACAAAGUACUCCCGACGCCCGAGGAACUUGAAGCCAUCGUGAAAAGAAGGGCACGUAGCUGUCAGCAUCGAAAAACCCCAAGAUCCAGAAAAAGUUUGACACAAAAUCGGGAUUCAGAAGCAAGCGAUGAUGAAUUUUCUCCGACUCUUGUGAGUCAUAGGUCAAUGUACCUAAUGGGUCGAUCUCGGCGACAGCUAAGAGCUCUCGCGCACAUCGACGCCAUUUCCGCCUUGGAGGUAGAAAAUAAGCGCUACGCAAUUUGGGCAAAAAUUAUGAAAGAAAAGUCUAAACACAGAGAAGCUGAGAACAAAAAGUUGCAAACGAAAGUCGAUAAUUUUGUGAAAGUCUUAAAAGACGACAAAGACCGCCAACAAAGGGUAGAUGCAGAAAACGAAGGGCAGAGAAUUCGGUCACUUUAUCAGCCAUACUCGUAUUAAAAUUGAUACAAUUUCAUGCGCAAAUCGUUUUGAAUUUUUUCGAAAUACGUCAAUUCUCACAACAUGCCGAAACUCGCCAUCCAAAUACAACAGGGCGCACGUGACGCGUCAACGAUCGUUGAUAAGAUUAUGUGGGUAGGACAGGUUUGUCUGUACGUAUUUUUCGUCAACGAUGAAAAUGUUUUGCUUUGUAUUUAGAUGGUGCUGUUCAUUAUUGUUGCACCUGCUCACUAGGUGGGACAGGUUGACGCAUAUCGCAAUUCUAUUUUAAAAUAACUUUGUCCAAGGGCGAACUUAAUAAUUUGAACCACACUAGUGCUCACAUCAGAUGGAAUUAAAAAUGUCCUAUUUAGAACGAAUAGGGUAGGUAACCAAUUAAUUCUCAGACCUUGUGUGAAUUGUGAUACAUUUGGUUGGACCUUGGCUAACAAUGAACAAUUUGUUGAGGUUUUACGUUUGUUUCGGUAAUCUACGUGUCAGUUAGUAGGCAGUGAAGUCAUUGCCUGUCAGUAAACAACCUGUUGAAUUAGACACUCAACUAUCAUGUACAUGGUAGUGACGCCAAUGUAGAUUCAAUGACAAGUUUGAGAAAGUGUAACAAAGAUAGCCACUUGUCGUGCAUAUGUCAUAGAUAUAUGGAUGUGGUGCAAUUCGCCAGGAUCCAUAAAAGCAUUACUCAUUGAAUAUAUGAGUGUCAAAAGUUUAGUUGUAUUAUAGAGGUCGCACUUUGCAUUUU